AGAUGUAGUCAGUGUUGUGCGUCGUUCCUCCGCCGCUCCCCCAGCGUCCGCAGCCACCAUGGCGUAUUAGAGGCAGCAGUGCCUGCGGCAGCAUUGGCCUUUGCAACAGCGGCAGCAGCACCAGGCUCUGCAGCGGCAACCCCCAGCGGCUUAAGCCAUGGCGCUUUUCACGGCAUCCAGCAGCAGCGUUGCUGUAACCGACAGAGACACCUUUGAAUCGCGUACAUUCCUUGAUUCCGGCAAAGCCCCGAGACAUGGCCGAGAUGAGCUACCUGAGCAACGAGGUGUUGGUGGGGGACUUGAUGUCCCCCUUCGACCAGUCGGGUUUGGGGGCUGAGGAGAGCCUGGGUCUUUUAGAUGACUACCUGGAGGUGGCCAAGCACUUCAAACCUCAUGGGUUCUCCGGCGACAGAGCGAAGGCGGGCUCCUCCGAGUGGCUGGCUGUGGACGGGUUGGUCAGUGCCUCAGACAUCGGCAAGGAGGAUGCCUUCUCCGGGACAGAUUGGAUGGUGGAGAAAAUGGACCUGAAGGAGUUUGACUUUGAUGCUCUGUUGGGUAUAGAUGACCUGGAAACCAUGCCAGAUGAGCUUUUAGCUUCGCUGGAUGACACGUGUCAUCUCUUUGACCCCCUAGUCCAGGAGAGUACUAAGGAGCUGCCCCAGAUAGUGAACCCAAUUGGCCAUCUUCCAGAAGGUUUACCAAAAAUAGACCAGGUUGCCCCUUUGACCCUUCUACAACCUUUCCCCCCGACCCCAGGGGCUCUGACCUCCACUCCAGAUCAUUCCUUUAGUUUAGAGCUAGGUAGUGAGGUGGAUAUCUCUGAAGGAGAUAGGAAGCCGGAUUCUGCUGCAUCUAUUAGUGAGAUUCCCCUUUGCAUAAAGGAGGAAGACGCCCCGUCAGAUAAUGACAGUGGUAUUUGUAUGAGCCCCGACUCCUACUUGGGCUCUCCACAGCAUAGCCCCCCAACCCCAGGGGGCUCUCCAAACAGAAACCUGCUUUCUCCAGGCUCCCUUUGUGGUUCUGCCCGCUCCAAACCUUAUGAUCCCCCUGGAGAGAAAAUGGUAGCAGCAAAAGUUAAGGGUGAGAAACUGGAUAAGAAGCUUAAGAAAAUGGAGCAGAAUAAGACAGCAGCCACUCGAUACCGCCAGAAGAAGAGGGCAGAGCAAGAAGCCCUGACAGGCGAGUGUAAAGAACUAGAAAAGAAGAACGAGGCUCUGAAAGAGCGGGCUGAUUCUCUGGCUAAGGAAAUCCAGUAUCUGAAAGAUUUGAUAGAAGAGGUCCGGAAGGCAAGGGGGAAGAAAAAGGCCCCCUAGAAUUUGAAUGGCAAGGACUGGGCUUGUACAUAGGCUUGGCUGAAGCUGUGCUAUAAUAAAUUAUUUUGUAGUGAAAA